CUGCAAUGGCGGCGAACGGAGAGAGAGACGCACUGUGUGCUGGAAGUAAACAGAUUUCACAUGAUACCGGACAUUUGUUUAAAGAGUGCGUUGUCUUAAUUCUCGAUUCCCUAGCGGAGUUUGGCACAAAGUUAAAAGUGGGUGAAGGAGUGUUGAAUAUCACUGUCAGUGUCGACAGUGGGAACAUUUCUGGGCUUCAGCCAUCAUAUGUGUACAACUGUUUACAACAGUAUAUCUUAAAGCUACAGUCAAUAUCUGAGAAUCUGAAGCAAAUUGAGGUGGAUUCUAAUAGUCCCGAUCCAGGCACCAGUGAAAGUACGCUGGGAUACAGACAAGAAACAGCGGAAACAUAUGACCAGAUGAAGGUUGACACAGUGAAUAUUUCUCCUACAUCCCAACACUUUGGUGUGCAUGAGGAUCGUAACAAGACUGAUGACAAUGUUCAGAUCAAGGCUGGUAAAUCUGAGAUUGAACGCAGGAUAUCUGCAUUUAUAGAGCGCAAACAGCUGGAGAUCAAUGAAAACAAUGUGAGGGAGUUUUGCAACGUGAUCGACUGCAAUCAGGAGGACAGCUGUGCCAGAACAGAUGCAGUCUUCACACCAUAUCCUGGUUUCAAGAGUCAUGUCAAAGUGACACGUGUGGUCAAUACAUAUGGACCCCAAACCAGAAAGGUGCACAUUGAUCUGGGGGACCAUCAGCAGAGCUCAAUUAGCAGAGACUGUGGAAAUCCUGCCAUUGAAGAGAGACUUCAUAACAUGGAAGCCCACCUAAAACUUCCACCAGCAGGUCCAGUUCCUCAAAGCGUUUACCAGCGGCUAAAGAAACUUGAAGAUCGAAUUCUGGAGCUUGAGGGCCUUUCCCCAGAGUACUUCCACUCCACAAAUUACUUGCAGAAACGGCCUAAAACCUCUGUGUCGCAGAACUGCAGUCUCGCUGAGCUCGAUGGGAAGAUCAGCGCCGUCAAAGCUGCCUUACUGAAAAAAACAAGCGUGUUCCAACCCACAGACGCAGGGGAGUUUCCUUAUUGACAUACGUACAAAAUGGACCUGUAUUCUUUUACUGCUCGUGGAUUUCAUUGUUUUUUACUUCAUCAACAUUAGUUUAGUUCUCGAUGUCAUCUGAAUAUUUAACAAAAGUGUGUAUAAAGCUACGCUGAUUGUAUUUUAAUACAUAAGCAAAUGUAUGGUUUACAGCAUUGUAACAACAUUGAUUAUUUCUACGCAUAAAUUUUAUUUAGCAUUUGUUUUUGAUGAUCAUCAUUCAUGUUGCUUCUGUAUGCCACUUAAGAAUGUUAAUAAACACACACAUGAGAAUUGCA